AUGAACACAAUUGGCAUAGAAGAAAGCGACCGGAGGUUUAUCGACUCAUUAGUGAAACGUAUAGAGUCGUUGCUUCCCUUCAGAACUGGUCAUUCUUUCCAAGAGGUUGAGAUAGAUGCUCAGUUCAUAACAACAAAAAGGAUACUAUUGGAUAGUCAUUGCAAGAAUGGAUCUACUAUAUCUUUUAUUAUAAAAUCAUUUACGUCGCUACUACAGACAAUCAAUUCAGAGGCUCAAAAUGCCAGACUCAAGUACCGGGAUGAGAAAUCUAGAUCUUCAACAUUGUUAGUGUGCAAGACGUUGGCGGAGAUAUUGAAAGCAAAUUGGGAUAGAGAAACUGUAUUUUUGGAAGAUAAAGAAGUGUUGAGUAAUUACUCGAGAUUCUAUUACUACGAGCAGCCGCAACCACUCAAUCCAUCAAUAAUUCCCAACGUUCUUGGGUUUUACAUUGAUUUGUUGUCGACUGGAGUUGUCAAAAAGAUACUUUCAAUGGUGAGACACGAAAAAACAAUGACAAAUAUAGCUGUUGCAAAGGAAGAGCAAGACAUAGCAAGGGAAGACCAGCCGAUGACUGAACUGGAGAAGGUAUUGAAUGCAAUAUCCGAGAUUGAUUCUUAUAUCGAGGUAAUUCUUCGAUUCAUCUCCACGGCCAACCCCGACGAAUAUUACAAAUACCUACAGACAAAACUAUAUGCUUACUCAGAUAGCAGCCAAACCAUACCCCUACCCACGAUUCAAAAAUUUUGUCCACUAAUGAAGUACGCCUUUUACUCUGAGGCGAAUGCAAUGAUAUUUGCCGAAGAGUCGUUAAAGACGAUCCCGGUAAUCAAAUCCAAUACAUGGAGGCAAGUUUACCUUUUCUUCUUGGCUAGUAGCAUCAAAGAUCAGUCGCUUUCAAGGGUGCAGGAUUACAAUGCUUUGGUAGAUCCAAACAACUUACGUCACGCUAGUGCUUUAAAACAACUUUUUGAUUCGACAAUGACAGUAUUUGACGAUAAUUACACCCUGGUUUCGUGUGCACCUUAUAUUUUGACUUGUUUUCUUACGUUAUGUGUGAGUGACUUUGCUGAAAUGAACUCGCUUAAGCCUCUAAACAAGUUGAAGUUGGCAUUUAACAAGCGACUCAGAUUUUUAUCAACAAUAUUAAAGGAUGCAGGAAACGCUAAUAAUUUGGAAAGUCUUGAAGCAUUGAUAAAUAUUUUCCAUUUGGGAGCUCGUCUUGAGACAAACAACAUCAAGAAACAUCCAGUCUUGUUGUUUAGUUUAAGGCAUUUGGACGAAGUAUUUUACCAGCUAAUCAAGUACGAUGAGAUACAUAGAGACAAGUUACUCACUGAUGACGAUCUUGCCACGAAGCGCGAUUACUUGUUGGUGAAUUAUUACAUUGCUGCUGUCGUUCUCAGGCCAGAAAAGUACACCAAGCUAAUUAUUGAACGCUACAAACAUUCGGAGGGAGAUAUGAGAGUAAAUAAGCUAUUUGUCAAGGUGAUGAAAGGCUUAUCCGAACUUGACAUUGCCAAGGACAUUUUCUACUCCUUUAUGUUGGAGUUCAAGAGUACUUUAAAGUCUAUUAUGUAUGGGUCUUUGAAGAUAUUACGUGGGUAUAGAAAUCAAAAUGGUGAUGUAUCUGACACUGCUUACUAUUCUGAUGCCUCGAGUGUUGACGACAAUGAAAUGCGGGCUAAUAAGGCAACGGAGUACGCAUUUGAACAUAAUAAAUCGAGCAUUGAUCACUAUGCAGAGACGUUAUUUGAAAAAUCGCAACCAUCUAAAGACGAUUUCAAGUCCAAGUCUCCGGCACCGCCUUCGUUAGCAUCAUCAAGUUCAUACAGUUUCCGCAUCGUGAACGGAGCCGAGGAGAUUGUCUCUGAUACCUUUUUGAUAUUUGCGGCUGCACCAGAGCUAUAUUUCAAUGAUAAAAGGCUAAUGGAUGACUCUAAUAUAGAGACUAUGCCCUAUGGUGAAUUGCUAAGACUGAUUGUUGAAUUUUGUCACGACUGUAUCGUCCCACUCCGACUAGCUUUCAAAGCAAACUGGAUAGUGGAAGGAAACAGCCGGUUAUUUGACUCAGCAAGAAAGUUGUCUAUGCAAAUGGUUGCUCCUGGAUCCAAAAUCGAAACAGAAUACACGACACUAUCAACAUUCGCCAACUUCAAUAUCUGCAACUGCAUUAUCCAAUCCGUGUGCGAGACUUGCUUAGGAUUAACACUAGUUAAUCCUAAAUUCAAGUCAAGCUUUUUGUUUUUAAUCAACUUUUUACACCGACGGGACAGCUACAGUGAAAUAGUGCGUUCAAAUUCCAUCAUCCAAGAUACGAGAGCACGUGAAUUGUAUGAAUCCUGUGGAAGGGUAGUGCAUUCGGUGGAGAAGGUGUUGCUCUUGUCAUUAUGCACGCAUGAUGUUCAAUUCUACAAUUAUACAAAGCAAGGCAUCAAAUGGUAUAUCGAGGAAAUCCGCAAAAACAAAGUUUUAUACAAGUAUCAAGAAAUUGAUGACAACCAGCUUGAGAUUUUUGAAAAGCUAAGUAAUGACGAUGGUGUCUUUACCGGGUUUGUAUCGUUACAAAAGAGACACCGCAAGAUUUUGCGUGAAGCCAAACCUACUAAAUCGCUAUACCAAGUAUGGCUAAUAAUUCUUGCAAGAUGGAACAAAAUUUUGAAGAGCCAUAAACAGAUAAAUGAAAGUAAUUUGGUUUUCCGCCAUUUUACCGGGUUUCUAGUUUCAACUUCAGGAUGUUUCAUGUCGGCUGAUUUGGGUGAUACCGCAGAGGAGCUACGUCAAAGGAGCAGUGCAUACAUUUCCGACUUUUUCGACAAGUGCAUUGAUCUUUUAAAUUCUCCCGAUUUGGUUGUACGAGUUAUCAUAAAGGACACCUUGUCGAAUGAGUCCCAUUCAGAUAUUUAUCACCUCAUUGCGACAAAGCUAAUGGCUCGUGCCAACUCUUACGCGGAGGAGAAGUUGCAAACUGAAGAGAGCAUAAUAUUUUUGGAGGAGGCGAUAAUAAUCAUGAGUGCAAUGAUCAAUGUUCACAAUGACGGAGCCUUGUUACUUUCUUCCUUGCUUCCCCACAUUUGUCAGUUUUUCAUAACGUUUAUUGAUAAUGUUGCAGAUAUCACGGACAAGUUUAGGUUGAAGUUGAGAUUUUGCAAGUUGGCACAAGCACUUGAACUGGAUAAGUCCAAUACUGGUUUGCACGGUGCGUACAAGCUUCGUAAUAUCUACGGUAAAUCAAUGUUGGAAUGGUUGGAGCAGGUGGUGAUUUUGGAUGCAGACUUGGUGGACAAGAAUCUUUCCGAAAGCAAAACGUCGGAGUUGGGUUAUUUGAGAAUGGAUCUUGCCGUGCAGUGCUCCAAGAGUUUGAGUCUCCAGCUUGAAAAGUUGUUACUUGAAAUUCCAGAUGGAAUUAAGGACAGCGAGGUGAAAAAGUACAAGGAUAUUGCAUUUGGAAACUUUUUUUCGAUAUUUUACAAGAUCAUACAGAAAUACACCAAGAUGCCUUCGUCUGAUCGAUUCAAACACAAGUUGCAGCAAGUUACUGACCACGUUUUGACUUCAAUCACCAAUUUGCUACAAUACGACUCGGAAAUUGGAAUUCAGUAUUUGCUUCCAAUGGGAUACCACGAGGAUAAGAAAAUUAGAGCCAUAUUUUUAAAUGUUUUCGCCAGCAUGUUGACAUCGAAGACUGUGAAAAAGAUGGAAGAAGAGUUUCCAUAUGAGCUAGUUGAGCAGUUGGUUGCAGAGACUGAAAUAUUUGGUUCUAUUGCCGAGUGUGCAUCUAGUUCUGAACACAAUUUACUAGCCUCCUCGUUAUUUUGUAUAUUCUCGUACACCAACAAAUUGGACAAGUUGUUUACCGUGUUGUUGACUGACGAGAUUGCCAACUUGACUCGAUCAACAGACUUGUUUCGAAGAAACUCCACUUUAACAAGACUCCUUUUCAAUUUUACACAAGAUCACGGGUUGGAAUAUUUGAAAAUGGAGUUGUUCCCCAUUAUUGAAGAGAUUGUCAGUCAGAAUGUUUAUUUUGAAGUUGAAAAACGUGAAUCAACCGACGAUACUGCCCUCUUCAUCACCUAUUUAGGAAGAGUUGUCGAAGUCAUUGUUGGAUCCUUUGACGUUCUUCCCAGUUCGUUCAAAUUUGUGUGCUCCCAAAUUUAUCAAUCAGUGUCGGCAAAAUUUGAAGACUCGGCGUUGAUUGCUGUUGGUUCAUUUAUAUUUUUGAGAUUUAUUUGUCCAGCGAUAAUCAGCCCACAACAAUUUUUCAAAUUACCAGUGGAAAACUCAAAGACAAAAAGGUCUUUAAUGCAAUUGGUGAAGAUUUUGCAAAAUAUGGCCAACGGUACAUUGAACUCGAUCAAGUGGCCAGGGUUGGUUCAGGAUGGCGAAAUUUUGAAUGAAUUUAACACGAGGAUUAGAUUGUUUUUGAAAGAGAUAUCAACGGUUGACCUCACAGAGUAUCCUUUCCAAGUAGGUACUUGUGAAAAACCUAUUGCCGAAUUGAGAUACUUGCAUAAAUUCAUCUACACUUAUUUCGCCCCUAUUAGGAUGAAUUUUCUUCUUGGAAAGUCAGCCUUUAGUGUCAGGACUUUACACGAGAGGGUCAGAAAAUUUAAAUUGUUUGAUUUGGUAGUGAUGAAGUUGGGCCAGCCUAAAGCUAGUGUUCGCUUACAAUUAGCGUCCAACUUUAAAGUGUUUGAUACAAAUAACGGAGACGGUGAGGAGCUUAAAUUCAACGAUUUCAUGACAAAACUGUCCUUGAAGUAUGCUGAUACGCCCCCUGAUGCUCUGAAUCUUAUACAAUCGUCGAUAUUCAAGGAUGGCACACCUGUUCUUGUCGUGAAUCUCCGUAAAUUGAAAUAUCGACCAGAUGAUAUCAACUACCUAGUAUACAAACUACUUGAGACUGCGUCGCAGAUUUGGGAGAACAAAUUCUAUCUUAUUUAUGAUUUUUCAGAGUUUUAUUUCUUCAAAGAAGAGGCUCCUGCCGAGUACACUCAUUUGGUUUCAUCCUACACACCACGGCAAUUCUUUUCAAGUUGCACACGCGUUUAUUAUUUCAAUGUUCCACGAACCGAAUAUUCGAGUUUAAUAAGAUCGAUGCAAAGCUUGAGGAAAAAGGGAUCAGAGUAUGGCACAAAGAUUUUUAUUAAUUCGUCAAUUGACUCUGAUAAUAUUGUCAGCAACCUUUGUUUAGACCCAGAAACUGUUUCCAUCAGUCGUGACGCGAAAGUAACUUAUAAAACUGUGUUUUUAUACGAGCCAACAAGUGAAAGAUUUGAUCAGGUCAGUCUCAGGAUCGGAAGAAAAUUUCUCACGAUUUGUUUUAAAGAAAGUGUGAAAUUCAAGAGUGUGUACUCGACUGUGGAAAGAUUUACUCCAUUGGAGGUUCAUAGAUUAACUGAUUUGAUUAGAUGUGAGGUAUCUGACUUCACGGGUGUUGAGGAUGAAUUUACCAUAUAUUUCAGGCAUAAUGAACCGGUAACCUUUAGAUCACCUGAUCGACUUGAAAUUUUACGAUUUUUGUACUUUACGACCUCGAGGUUACCAAGAGACACUACUUUGUUGGAAGCCGAAAAAGAAUCUCAUAUGGAGACACAUGUCAUGCAUUGGUUUGGAAGAUUGUAUAACAUAGUGUUUCAGGGAUUACUCAGCAGUGACGAUGAGGUGAAGUCAUCUUCGGCAGUGUUAUUUGGGUCUUUGUCGUCAUACUUCGAGAUUGACUUUGGUAUCACAGAAACACAUGCAAAGUCGUUACCAUUCCCAACUGAUGCGACUGAUUUAGUAGUGUCUGUGUCAAAACACCUAUCUGAUGCCUUUCCUGAGAUGACGUAUCGAUUUUUUAAAGCGUACUUUGACAACUUUGAAAAAAUGGACCAGGAGACUCGUUUGAGUUCCAUUUUAUAUGUCGCACCGUGGAUAAAUAACAUUUAUGAUUAUGUUUAUUCACAAAGUGGGUUCAGAGGUCCCGAUCGAGUUGCAGAUCUCAUUAGACAAUUUUGUCGCAUCACGAUGCUCAAUAGGGAUCGAGUUCCCUUCACCAAUGACUACAUAUGGAAUGGCCUUUUCCGUGAGACGAGAUUGGUUUCAUCUUUAGUUGACGAAGUGGUUGCAUUUACCAUUGAUAGCAAAAAUGAGGGUCCCGAGUGGUCGUCCAUUAUUGCCGUAAUCACUCCAUCGGUGGAAGUGUGUGGUGAGGUAAUUUCAAGAUUGCUUACGGCAAUAAAGUAUGCCCUUACUACAGACUCGGCAAUUGCAUCGCAAUCAAAGUUAUUCGAAAUCACUGUCUUGAUUAAAAUUUGUUCAUCGUUGUUUUUCAGUUCAUACACCCUUGCACGGUUGUACUUGGCCGACGUGAUCUUUUUCGUCACUUUGUUCAUUGACAAUGUCUAUUUGGAGGUGGGAUCAGACUUGAGGAAUUUGAUCAUUAGCACUGUGCAAUCAUUUUUGCACAAGCCCAACUUGACAAACCACCAACAGAAUGUGAUCAAUAACACAAUCGAGUACUUCACUACACCCAGAGCAAAAAUGCUAUUUGGAAUGACACGUGAAGCAAAGUCUCUUGUGGACAUUGGCCAAGCAUUCAAUAGAAUGAUGAAUUUUGAAGUCUUGUGUGACUAUUUGAAUGAGUUUAUUGAGGUGGUUAGUACUUCUGACGAUAAAACAAACUGGAAAGCCAGAUGGUCGUCGAAUGCAAUUGAUGUGGCGUUUAAUAAUUUGUCUUUGUUUCAGGAUAAGGCAAUCUUGGUGGUUGGUAUACUCGCUAAGCAUGGCAUUACAGACUCUGUUGCAUGUCGAACAAUUAAGCUAGUGGCACACGGAGAGUUGAAAAGAAUUGAUACUGUCAUAUGCACAUCAGUGGCUACGGCUCGCGUCAUGGAAGGCUUACCUAAUGACUCAAUGUUACCGCCAAUCUUGAUUUGGUCGCAACUUUGUUUUGCUUUGUUGAACCAAUCGAUUCUUUACCAGUCCGCAAUCGAAAACGUGGUUUCAUCAAUUAUCAAAAACAUGAUUCAAGAUGGAGAUCAUAUUGAGAAUGCCUAUGAGCAAAGAAAGUACUUGGAGCCUUACUUGUCUGAGUUUGAAGAGAAGCAUGGAAUUUGCAUCACGAGAGAAAAUUUCCGAGCUUACUUUUUCUUCAUUCUUACUCAGGGACUCAAGGUAUCGCAAUAUAGAAACUUGUCGCUAACAUGCAUCAAAGCUUAUUUCAAAAAACGCUAUGAGAUGAGAGGUGAACUUUCAUUUGACUCGACCACCAUUGCAGAUAGCGCUUACUCAUUCCUCGUGAUGUUGUAUUUAUUUUCUGAUACAAAAGACUUGGAAGCUUAUUUUGAGGAGUUGGAGUUUGAAUAUGAAUUAUUUGAAAUUGAGAAUGGACAAAGAAUUCCCAAGGUUUUGUUGGAAUUUUUGUCAACCGACUAUGAAACGUCUAAAUUUACAAUGAUUCAGAUGGGCAAGUUCUUUGCCGAUGAAAAAAUUACCGAUAUUGGAUUCAGACUGAAGUUUAUUUCAGUAUACCACCAUUUAUUAGACCGCAACACGGAGGCCGCGCUACUUAUUUUUCAUAUUAUUGAACAAGCUUUAACGCUGGAUCUAGUCAAUACGAAUUCAUUGGAGACGGUAGAGAGAAUAUCGAAAAUAAUCUUUAAAGUGUCAGAAAUCAAAGGAUAUCAACCAGAAGAGUGUGUCAAAUACAUCGAUGAGAUGUUGCACUCAAGCAAGCUAUCAUUUCUCCAUAGAAUGGAUGAUUUGCAGCCGGUUGAUUCGAUACUUGAUGAAGAUGGCGAAUUCAAACCCGACUUUAACGAGGAUAUCAUGGCAAUUCAAUUCAUGUUCUAUAGGUCUGCAUGCACUUAUAUUGAAGGAUUGCGGUUGGAAGACUAG